UUUUCAAAAGUCGCCCGUUAUUUGAGCCAAGCGGUUCUGCGUUAAAAGAUUUUCUUGAUACUAUUAUUCGAACGUGAAUAAGCGGAGGGUUCCGCAGUCGCAGUUGCAACUAUCUAUCGUGAAAUAUAUUUUGUGCGUAAAAAUAAAGAAAACACACGCUAUAAAAAACCUUAGCAACAACAAUCAAACAUUUAUAUUUAGCAGCGAAGAGCUAAAAAGUGAAACUUGUGCGUGCGUUUCAGAUGCUAAAAUGUGAACAAAAUACCAGUGCGAAAUUGUUAAAAAUUUAACAGAAUAACACCCGUACAAAGGGAACGAAUCCCAAGAUAUCCCGGGCAUUGAAACUGAACCAAAUACCCAAGUCUAAUUGGAUUUGGUACGCAAAUUGAAAAAUAUCCAACGGCAGCAAAAGCACAAAAGCAACAAAACAACCGCAGUGCAACCUGUAGCUCUGGCUCUGGCUUUGAUUUUGGCUUUGGCUUUGGCUUUUGGAUUUUGUGUAAGCUGCGAGCAGCGUUAGGCGGAAGCCAAUCGAACCCGAACAAAUGCAAUUGUUUCAAACAUAAAGCUGCAGGCACUUACCAACGUUGAGCCGCGCUUGUACCUGUUCAACAACUAAUCAACGAUUAAACAACAACAAAACCACGCAGCAACCAGCAACAAAAUGUGGUGCAUUGUUAACUUGCCGAACGGCACACAACAGGCCGUCAAAUGGGAUCCGAAAGCCAAUGGACAGGAGUGUCUAGAGAAGGUCUGUCGCGCCCUGAACAUCAUCUGUGAGAUGGAAUACUUUGGCCUGGAGCACUGGACACCCAACCAGAAGGAGACGCAGACGCGUCAGUGGAUCAAUCUGAGGAAUCGGCUGUCCUGCGACAGCGGCAGCAGCGGCAGUGGCAUCCAACUGAUGCUGACCCUGCGCGUCAAGUUCUGGGUGCCCGUGCACUUCAUCCUGCAGGAGAGUGUGCGCAAUCUGUUCUACAUGCAGGCCCGCCGGGACCUGAUGGAGGGUCGGCUCUCGGCCAGCGACUGGAGCAAUGCGGCCAAGCUGGCGGCUCUGCUCUGCCAGGCCGAUGGCCUGCGCUUCAACAAGGCGGCCCUGAGGGCCGACUGCCCCAUGAGGAUGCGCCGGGAGCUGGCCCAACAGCAGCUGCAGCAGCAGCAGGCCCAGCAGCAGCGUCUGGAGCAGCAGCGCAAGGAGAAGGAGCACGUGCUGAGCUUCAAGAAGCGACGCCUGUCCAAGCAGAAGUCCAUGGAGCACAUCGAGAACUGUGCCCUGCCGCUGGCCGGGACCAGCUGCAGCCUGCAGCCGUCGCCCUCAGCCUCUGUUUCCGCCUCAGCCUGCACCUCCACCUCCGCCUCCGCCACCACAUCGCACACCUGCUCCCACACCCACUCGAACUCCAGCUCGAGCAGCCCCAGCAACAGCAGCAGCCAGACGGGGCUGGACGAGCGCCUGGCCAGCAAUCCGCUGCGCAUGUACGAGGAGUACGUGUUCCUGCCCAGUCCCGAGAGCGAGGCCGAUGCCAAUGCCUCCGCGGCAGAGCCACCGUCGGACCACCUCAGACAGAUCGCCACCGAGCACGGAAAGCUGGCCAAGCUGCAGAUGAGCCCCAAGUCGGCCAAGUACUGGCUGCUGCAGUCCAUUCAGGACCUGGCCGGCUAUGGCGAGGAGCUCUUCAGCGGCGUCACCACCAACGAGAGCGCCACUCGGUGCGACAUUGCCGUGGGCGCCCAUGGCAUCACCGUCUGCCGUGGGGGUGAGAAGCAAAGCAUCACCUUUGGCGCGAUUGCCGCUGCCAAGUCGCUGAGGCGCACCUUCAAGCUGGAGUACGUGGACGAUCACAACGAUCGCAAGGAGCUCGAAAUCAAGCUGCCCAAGCAGCCCAUUGCCGCCGGCCUCUACCGCUCCAUUACCGAGCGGCACGCCUUCUAUGUGUGCGACAAGGUGCGGGGCGUUGUGACCAAUCAGUUUACCCGGGAUCUCAAGGGCACCAUUGCCUCCAUGUUCAAGGAGGACACGGAGCUGGGCAAGCGCUAUGUGUUCGACAUCCAGCACACGUGCCGGGAGGUGCACGAUCAGGCCCGGAGGAUUCUGCACGAGCGCGGCGGCGAUGCGGCUGUCCUGGCUGGCACUGAUGGCUGUGCGACUGCUGCUGCUGUUGCUGUUGCUGGUGGUGUCGCCUCCGAAGCAUUUGGCGAUGGGGCCGGCCCCAGUUCAGGUGCUGGUGGUGGCUCCAUGGCCGGCAAGAUAGAUUUGGCCAUACGCGAGAAGGAGGCGCGUGAGGCGGCGAUUGAGCGCUGCGUGGACACGCGCAUAUCCGAGGCCAUGCAAUGCAAGAUCUGCAUGGAUCGCGCCAUCAACACAGUGUUCAAUCCGUGCUGUCACGUGAUUGCCUGUGCCCAGUGUGCCGCCAGGUGCAGCAACUGUCCGAAUUGCCGGGUAAAGAUCACCAGCGUGGUCAAAAUCUAUCUGCCUCCGGAGCUGCGCACCAGCCAGUCGGAGAGCGGCGGUGGCAGCGGUGGUGGCAGCAGCAGCAGCACCAGCCACAUCCCCAGCGAUGGGCCUAACGACACAGAGCUGCAGCUGGACGAGAUCUCAACGGCGACAGUGACAGCUGAGGCCACUGCUGGAGGAGCAGUAGGAGCAGGAGCUGGAGCUACAGCCGAGCCUGGUGGCGGCCAGGCCAAGGUCACGACGGCCGCCUAGAAUUGGCUGUGCUCGCUGCUGUUCCGGCUGAUGGAAUGGGUGUGCGUGCCGAUUGUCUGAGAAUCAUCCGAAAGCCAUCCACUAUGACCAUAAUCUAUAGGGAACAACAAAUCAAAAUCAAAAAUCAAAACCAAAAACGAAUCAAGCAACCGAAUGAAUGGAAUGUGCGGGGAGGGAGGGGAUAACAGAGAAUUCUGUCGAACAAUCUUAGCUAUAUCUUUACUCAAGUAUUCUAUGGACAUAAGAAACUGGAACCUAACUCUAACGUAACUCUUACUCUAGCUAGCUUUAGAUACAUCUACAUAGAUAAAAUAUAUUGUAGGAUCGAUCUGUAUACCUGUUUAGCUGUAGACUCUAUGAGAAAGUGCUAUUUAAACUCGUCUAAGACUUCAAUGCCUAGCCUAUACGCCUAGAAUCUAUAACUGCAGAUUGUUUCAUAUACACUAUAUAUAUACGAUCGUUAUAGAUCUGCGAUACCUUUUACGACAUCAGAGAUGACGAUAUAUGAUAAUGUAUAACCCAUGAAUGUACAACAUAGCGACUACUUACAUCGGUGUUAGCUAAUUUUACCAACUAAACUGGAGAUGUAUUUACUAAUGCUUAGACACUGUUUAGUAUUUCCCACAACCCGACCCCGACCCCGACCACCAACACCCCUUAAUAAAGCCCCAAUUCUCAUACGUAGGGUAUAUUCUGAGUGUUGUGUGUGUGUGCAUAGGACAAGCGUACAAUAAUCGCAAAUCUAAGGAGCAAAAACUAGUACUAAGUACCUGCAAAAACCUGCAUAUAAACGGAAUCAAAUUACGAAAAGAAAAAGAAGAUAAAUCUCCGCAGCAGAUAUUACAUAGUCACUAAUAAUAAAUGUUAACAAUAUACAUUCAUACAUAUAUACAUAUAUAUAUAUAAAAC